GUUACUGCUGUUCCCAGGUCACAGGCUUCCAACAUCACUGCCAUUUAGGUGGCUCCCAGGUGUUUCGCAUUUUGGAGCAGUUUCAGAAUAACCCAUCUCCUUGCCUCCCACCUUCCCAGAUGUGCUGUUUUAUCACUUCCUUCAUCAUGUGACCAACCUGAGCCGGAGACAGAUCAUGACUGUGUUUAACAUGCUGGACUGGAACGCUCUGGGCGAGAUUGGCUUUGACCAGUUCUACAUGCUGGUCUGCAUACUGCUGGCACACCAGAACCACCUGGAAGAGCAAUUUAUCUUCCGCCAUUCCCGGCCUGUUUUUGAGCUGCUCGACUUGGAUGGGGAGCUGAAAAUUGGUGUAGAGAGCUUCCACAUGUACAAGUUUCUUUUCAAUAUUAAGAAAAAAAAACUCAGAGAGCUCUACCAUGCCUCUGACAUCACAGGUGACCGUCGUCUAACUUACAAGGAAUUUAAGCUGUUUACUAUCUUCACCAUGGACAAAUGCCAGGAGAGGCAGAAAGCAGAGGAGAAAAAGAAGUCUCUGCUCAAAAAGAAAACAUUACGUGAAGUUAAUAGUUUGGUACUGACAGACGAGGAGGAUCUGGCUGGAAAAUGA